GGAAGAGUGCGCAGUUCACCAAGACAACGAUCACCAAGAGCCUAUCGCCGCGGGCUAUUUAAUGUGAACUUGUAGGUAUUCCCCCGCGCCAGUCCUCACCUCCCCUUUCUCUUUCUAGAGUUUCUCUCUCUAGAGAUCCUCUCUCCUACCGCUCCCACGAUCCUAUUCAGUUAAGUGUUUUCAUUUCUCUAAUCCAUGACACUACUUCUAGGGUUUCUCAAGAGCUCAAGAUCAAACGCUUGACAUUUAGAUAUAUAAGUAUAUAUAGGUCGAUAGAUUCAUCAUUUCACGUUGUUUCAUUAGAGGCUUUUGUAAGUUUUUAGGGUUUUAGUACAGAUUAGGGUUCUUUGAUAGCGAUGGAUGACUGGUUUCACUUCGCGCAAUCGGUAUUCAUAGGCCUAAUCUUCUCUUUCCUUCUUGCGAAGCUCAUCUCCAUAGUCGUUUCGUUCCGAGAUGAAAACCUCAGCAUCGUUCGCGCCGAAUCCGUCGAAACCGAAUUGAAACCCUUGAAAUCGAGUGCUGACAAUACGGGUGGUCCGAAGGCGGAAAGUUCGAGGGCUAUUGCGGAGGAAGCAGUGGUUGCUGAUAAGGGCAAAGCGGCAAGUGAGAGUAUAGUGGUUGGCGGUGAUAGCGAUGAUAGUGAUGAUGAUUGGGAAGGGGUUGAGAGCACUGAAUUGGAUGAGGAGUUUAGUGCUGCUACAGCGUUUGUGGCGGCCACAGCAGCUGAUCGGAAUGCACAGAAAGUCUCAAAUGAUGUGCAAUUGCAGCUUUAUGGACUAUACAAAAUUGCAACCGAGGGACCCUGCACUGCGCCGCAACCCUCCGCACUCAAGAUGACGGCUCGUGCAAAGUGGCAAGCAUGGAAUAAAUUGGGUGCUAUGCCCCCAGAAGAGGCUAUGCUGAAGUAUAUUACGAUUGUUACAGAGUUAUAUCCUACUUGGGCAACUGGAUCAACUACCAAGAGAAGAGAUGGAGAUAGGAGUGGUGAAUCAAGUGCAGAUACUAGAGGACCGAUGGGACCUGUUUUCAGCACCUUCGUUUACGAGGAAGAAUCUGAAAACGAGCUAAAAAUGGAUGCUAUACAUGCCUUUGCUAGAGAAGGAGAUGUGGAGAACAUGCUAGAAUGUAUUGAGAGCGGUGUUACUGUGAAUUUGAAGGAUAGUGAAGGUAGGACACCAUUGCAUUGGGCUGUAGAUCGUGGGCAUCUUAGUAUCACGGAAUUGCUUGUAACAAGGAAUGCUGAUAUAAAUGCAAAGGACAAUGAAGGCCAAACCCCUUUGCAUUAUGCUGCUGUCUGCGAGAGAGAAGCCAUAGCCGAGUUCCUUGUGAAGCAAAAUGCUGGCACGGAUAUAAAGGACAACGAUGGAAACUCUCCUUGUGAUCUCUGUGAGCUGAGCUGGCCGUGGAUGCAACGUGCGGCGAGCCUGCCUGCCUAACUGAUUGUUUGUCCUGUGAUUUUCCAUCCAACUGCCUGCCUAACUGAUUGUUUGUCCUGUGGUUUUCCUUCCAACUGAUCGAAUCAUUGACAAUUUCUGGUCCGUUGUACAUGCUAUAUGUUGUGAUUUAGCCUGCCUGACUAACUGUGAUUUGUCCUCUCUUUUUCAAUUGUCGCAGUCUCCAUAUAUAUUUUUUGAAGGUGGUUGAAUUGUGAAGUGAAAUAGUGUUUUCAGUAGUGUCAAUUCAUGGCUUAGAGAAUCGACCUUGGCAAUAUGGUGAUUGUUUAAAAUUUCCUUUACAA